GUUUUGCGGCAUAACAUUUUAAUGAAAUAAUUUGUUAAAAUAUCGAAAUAAUUUUACCAGGCCAUUUUUAACGGCCUUGUUACAUUAUUAAAAUUAACAUCUGGAUAUUAAAGCGUGCUGUAUGAAGUUAUAAUUAUAUAUUUCCUAAAUUUCCUUGUUUGCACGUAGAGGUUAGAAGUUUGGAAUUGUUUAACCGUUUGUAGAUUAAAUGGGUCGCAAAGGAAAAUUUGAUAAAGACCUCAGUGGUCGUGGAAGGAAGGCAAAGAAACAGAGCGAUCCAACAUUUCCAAAAGGAAUUCUAGGUAAAGAAUCUAAUACAUUAAGUCACCGGCAAAAGCAAAGAGCAAAGAAAAGACUAUUGAAGAACCAACAACUGAAAGAAAAUGCAAAGAAAAUGCUCAAAAAGAAACUAUUGUGGAACACUAUUGUGGAAGAGCAACAAGUACAGUCAAAAAAUAGGACAGACAUAUUAAAGCAGCAGAAAGAGAAAAAAGAGAAGAAAGUAAAAUUUGUCAAUGACAAAAGAGAUGACGAGAUGAAAAUCCAAUCUGAUCUGAGUUUAAAGCUAGAAACAAAAGUGAAUCAAAAUAAAAAGCAAAAAAAGGAGAACCAGAAAAAUAUAAUAAAAAAUGUAGGAAAUGAUAGUAAUAAAAAAAAGAAUGAUCACAGUAAAAAUGACGAAAUGAAAAUAUAUUCCAAUAAUCAAGUAUCGAAGCUAAGCAAGAAAGCCAAACAAAAUAAAAAACCGAAAAGCACGAAAACUAAGACCAAUAUAAAAAGUGAAAGUAAUAGUGAUAAUAAUCAUAGUGAAGAUGAAAAAAUGGAAAUAUAUUCUAAUAAACAAGUAACCAAACUAGGCAAAAAAGCAAAGCAAAACAAAAAGAAAAAUAUGAAAGUUAAGACCAAUAUAAAAAAUGAAGGUUAUAGUGAUAAUAAUCAUAGUGAAGAUGACGAAAUAGAAAUAUAUUCUAAUAAACAAGUAACCAAACUAGGCAAGAAAGCAAAGCAAAGCAAAAAGAAGAAAAAUAUGAAAGUUAAGAACAAUGAAGAAAGUGAAAGUGAUGAUAACAUGUUAUUUAAUGAUAAUGAUGAAAUUGAGGAAGAUGAAGAUGAACAAAUGGAUGAAGAGAAUAUAAGCGAGGAUGAAGAGAAUAUGAGUGAAAAUGAAAAUGAAACUAGCGAGAAUGAAGAGGAUAUGAAUGAAAAUGAAGACCGUAUGAGCGAGAAUGAAGAGGAUACAAGCGAGAAUGAAGAGGAUACAAGCGAGAAUGAAGAGGAUACGAGCGAGAAUGACACUCAAUUACUUUCUGCAGCAAAGUCAAAGAAAAACUUGAAGAAAACAAAAAAAUUUAUGGAGGAUGAUAUAGAAAGUGACAAUGAAGAGAUGGUUUCCAGUGAUGAGGAAGAAUCUACUGAAGAUGAACAAAUGGAGGAAGAUGAAGAAGAAAAUGAUAAAAGUGAUGAUGAUGCCUUACUUCCAAUAGAAAAAGCUAAUAAGAAAUUGAAAAAGAAGAAAGAGAAAGAACAAAAGCUUGCUGAGGAAGAAAUGGAAGAUAUGAUAGCACAUCAAAGUGUAUUCUCUUUUCCAACUGACAAAGAACUUACCAAUAUUACUAAUUUAAAAGAUAUUCAGCAACGUAUACGAGACGUUAUCAUGGUGUUAUCAGAUUUCAAAAGAUUACGGGAGAAAAAUAGGUCACGUUUUGAAUAUAUUGAAUUACUUCAAAUGGACUUAUGUACAUAUUACAGUUAUAACGAUUUUCUAAUAGAAAAAUUGAUGCAAAUUUUCCCACUGGACGAGUUAUUAGAAUUUUUGGAAGCGAGUGAAGUACAAAGACCUAUGACUAUCCGAGCAAAUACUUUGAAAACCAGACGACGCGAUCUAGCCGAGGCUCUCAUUAAUAGGGGUGUUAAUCUUGACCCAAUAGGAAAAUGGACAAAAAUUGGUUUAGUAGUGUAUUCCUCACAAGUACCUAUGGGUGCAACACCGGAAUAUCUAGCUGGACAUUACAUGAUACAAGGCGCUUCUAGUUUCUUGCCCGUAAUGGCGUUAAACCCGAAAGAAAAUGAAAGAAUUCUUGACAUGUGUGCUGCACCAGGCGGUAAAGCCUCACACAUUGCUGCUGUUAUGAAAAACACUGGAAUUCUAUUCGCUAACGACUUAAAUAAAGAACGACUGAAAGCUGUUGUUGGUAAUUUCCACAGACUUGGUAUUGUCAAUUGUAUAAUCUGUAGUUAUGACGGGCGAAAAUUCCCUCUGAUUGUGAAAGGCUUCGACAGAGUUUUGUUGGAUGCACCAUGUACAGGUACAGGAGUAGUCGCAAAAGAUCCUAGUGUAAAAGUGAAUAAGGCGGAAGUAGACAUUCAACGCUGUUGCACGUUACAAAGAGAGCUAUUAUUAGCUGCAAUUGAUUGUGUUAACGCGCGUUCAGAAUCGGGUGGUAUCAUUGUUUAUUCAACUUGCUCGAUUCUACCAGAGGAGAACGAAUGGAUCAUCGAUUAUGCUCUUAAGAAACGCGACGUUAAGUUACUACCUACUGGUUUGGAAUUUGGAACUGAUGGUUUCACGAAUUACAGACAAUAUCGAUUUCAUCCCUCACUGAAACUAACAAAACGGUUUUACCCGCAUGUACAUAAUAUGGAUGGUUUCUUCGUAGCAAAAUUAAAAAAAUUCUCCAACAAUAUUCUUAAUCUAAAAGAUGUGAAGGAAGAAAUGUCUGAUUAAAAUUUUCUUAAUUUGUUCAAUUCUUUUAUAAUCGGAUUACGCUGUUAUUACAUA